UUCUGCCUCGGUUCUCUUGCUUCCGCUUCGGUUCGAUCGCUUGCUCAGUAUUUCUAGUCGGUUCGCACUUGGGUGGGCGAUAUGACUGUGAGGAACGGUGGUUUCCCAGGAGAUUACUAUCGUAACAGCUUUGACACUCCUGGUGGCUGUGAUGAUAGCCCUAAUGCUUCCGAAGAUGAAACUUUUGGUGGCCCGAGAAUGGUUUUACCCUUGUCUGACUUGUCAUCAUCGGAAAGAAAAAAGUUGAUUCGUACGCUUCGUCAGGAGCUGGAACAAAUACGCUCCUUUCGAAAGAAUGUUGUGGACCUUCGUGUAUCUAAGACCAGUACACCUGUGAGUAAUAAUAUGUCUCGACCCAAGAGUUUUGGAAUGGCACGAUGCUCUGCUGGUCCUGGAAAAAGGGUGCUCCCCUUUACAGCAACCAAACCAGAGCCAGUCACCACUUCUACAAUGCUUCGGAUGAAGCAAUGUGAGACCCUCCUCAAACGAUUGAUGUCCCAACAGCAUUGUUGGCUCUUUAAUGCCCCUGUCGAUGUGGUCAAGCUCAACAUUCCUGAUUAUUUCACUAUUAUCAAACAUCCUAUGGAUUUAGGAACUGUAAAGAGCAAGUUAACUUCCGGCACUUAUUCAACCCCAUCAGAGUUUUCUGCUGAUGUCCGUCUUACUUUCCGCAAUGCAAUGACUUAUAACCCCUCAGAUAACAAUGUUUAUCAUUACGCUGAUACUCUCAGCAAGUUUUUUGAAGUGAGGUGGAAAACUAUCAAUAAGAAGUCAUCCGGAAACAAAUCUGAACCAAGUAACUUGGGUACUCUUGCUCACAAAGAUAUUGCAAUGCCUGAGCCUCUGGCUAAGAAGAGAAAGAUGAAUGCUGUCAACCAUGACAGCCUCUUAGAGCCUGCUAAACGGGUUAUGACAGAUGAGGAUAGAGUUAAGCUUGGCAGAGAUUUGGGGUCCUUGACAGAAUUCCCGGUACAGAUAAUAAAUUUCCUGAGAGAUCACAACUCCAAGGAAGGGAGAUCUGGAGAUGAUGAGAUAGAGAUUGACAUUAAUGAUCUCAGUCAUGAUGCCUUGUUCCAGUUGCGGGAUCUCUUUGAUGAGUUUUUGCGAGAAAAUCAAAAGAAAUAUGUAAACGGUGAACCCUGUGAGUUAGAGCUUUUAGAUGGGUCAGGGCCAGGAAAUUCAUUGACGCAACACUGUGGUGGGAGCGAAAUGGAGGACGAGGAUGUUGACAUUGGUAAUUAUGAGCACCCUAGAUCUCACAUCCCAUCUGUCAGGACAGAAAAAGGUAUGGCGUUAGAGGACUCCUGUGGCUCUAGUAGCUCGGAGAGUGUACCAGAUGAUCCUAAAACCACAAGAUUAUUGAGUUCAUCAAAGAUGUCUGAAAGUAUGGAUUCAGAAUCUCCCUUGGAUGGAGCUACAAGCAGUUCCCCAAGGAGAAAACAUUCCGUCGGCGGAUUGAAUCAACUGGAAGAUGCAUCCAAAGAGAAGCUAAGUCUUAUUGAGGGGGCAAAUGGUCAUCAAGAUGGCAAUAGUGCUCCGAAUGAGAAGCAAUUACCUCCAGAAAAGCGUUACAGGGCUGCUAUAUUGAAAGAUCGAUUUGCGGAUAUAAUCUUGAAGGCUAAAGAGAUAACUCUUAAUCAGAAUGAGAAACGAGACCCAGAGAAAGUGCGACGUGAGAAGGAAGAACUCGAAUUGCAAAAGAAGAAAGAAAAAGCACGGUUACAAGCAGAAGCCAAGGAAGCUGAAGAAGCUCGUAGAAAAGCUGAGGCAGAAGCUGCAGCUGAAGCUGCGGCUGAGGCUAAGAGGAAACUGGAAUUUGAAAGAAAAGCAGCCCGGCAAGCAUUGCUUGAGAUGGAGAAGUCGGUUGAAAUAAAUGAGAACACAAGGUUUCUCAAGGACCUAGAACUGCUUAAAACGGUUAACACGGACCAGUUUAGAAAUCUAAGAGAUGUUGGCUCUGACUCUGAUGGGUUGGGUGUUUUUGGGUUUGGGGGAAGCAAUCCUCUAGAGCAGUUGGGGCUAUUUAUGAAACGUGAUGAGGAUGAAGAUGAGGCCGACCUGCUUGCGUUUCCAGAUCCCGGCAAUGAAGUAGAAGAGGGUGAAAUCGACUGAGAUUCAUGAGUGUGUUACUGUGUUAUGUCUUGGGUAGUAGCAGUCAAGUGUACAUGAAUCAGAGAGUUGUAAAAAAUGAUAGUUUAGAUU